AUGGCCGAAGUGUUUCGCGUGCAACUUGUAUCACUGGACGUCAGCGCCAUGACGGAGGGCGGUGCGCCGUCGCUCUUGCACGCAGAGGCACACAUGCAUGGUCGUGGUGCGAUGCAUGAGGACACCGAUGCGCAUGACGACACCGCAUCCUCCCCUGUCGAACUGCUGAGCAAGCUGUAUUACGGUGCCGCGAGUAUUGUGAGCGAAGUUGAGGAUGGGUGCGUCCUUUCCGAGCGCCAGACUGCGGCAGUGCAGCAGCGGUGCCAGUCGCCAGCGCACAUGGACCUCCAGGGCGGCAGUCGGCUGUUUUUAUUUCACCCCGUUGAGGAGGGGGAAUUCCUACUGGCUGUCACCAUACCCGUCGGCGUGUGGCGCUGGUUGGGGCCGGUUGCAUUGCAUGUUGUGUUGUCGACCGCAGUGCGCGGGUACGAGAUCUCGACGCAUGUUGCUGCUGUCACUUCCGUCCCCACAUACUAUCCGUUGCGUGAUCGGCUUGCAGAGAAUGCGCCGGCCGUGCAGGAUGCCGUGCGGGAGCGAAUGAAGCAACUCAUAGAGUUCGUCAACUUCUUGAACGAGUGCGGGCAUCGUGAAACGGCGUCAGCGGCAGCGUUGCGGCAGGGUGGACAGGAAGCUGUAGCCGCCGCACAGAAAAUGUGCUACGAGCGUCCGUCGUCGAUUCGUACCAGUAAUCGUUUGUCCAUGACGCUGCAGCAGCUGCUUUGGUCAGCAACAAGCUCCUCCGAUUACAUCGCGCUGAGCGGUACAAUGCCGAGUGGCGGCAUGUGCGAUGGAUACAAGCGUCUCAUUGUGACAGCAGCUGCGGUGUGGCACCUUGGCGAACCGCUCUUCAGCAACAGCUCGCGCGAGGACUUCGAGGCACACCUUUUGCCAGCCGCCAUUGUGGCGUACGCUGAACAAUGCUCCGCUGGUCGCAGAGCCGACGCCACUCUGCAACCGGUUACUGUGAAAUGCCUGGCGAUGCACUCACAGACGGGACGGGAUGCCGUGCGCACUGCAGGCUACGUCAAGCAUAGUCAGCAAAACGAGCAACGAGCCAUUGUGUGUGUGGUGUUUGUCUCUUCAGGUGGGUGGAUUAUCGUGUUGUGCCUCGAAGCGGCUCUCAACGUCUUUACCGGCUCCCCCAUGCCGCACAUUGUCUCUGGUGUAACAAACCUCAUCACCAUGACGCUCGAAACGCCGCGUUUUGCCGAUGUGGUCAGGGAGUUCACCGCGUGUAACCUCCUGGUGGCGCGGCCCAGUGCCGCGCUCACUGCACCAGUUCAUCGCGUUCUGCAGGCGGUGCGACAUCUGGGCCUCUUUACGCAUUGCCCCACCAGCACCGCCUACGCAACGGCCGUGUCGCGGGACACCUGCCUCUACCGCUACCGCCGCGAAACACAAGACGCGGUUGUCGGGGUGUGGUGGGUCCCGUGGCCGGAGCACAUGAGCAAAGCAGUGCUUCCCCUCGUAAAGCUGGCCUCUGUUGCAUUUCGAUACCGACGUCAGAAAGGAUACUGUGGCAGCAGCAGCAGCAGCAGUAUUCGUGUCACCCAUGGUCUAACAUCUUUUUCCCUGUUGCGUGGGCGUGACGCCGUCGUCGUACUGGUCGCCGCUCCUGUGUUUGACCUGGAGCCGAGAGUUGUCUCUUUCCUUGCAGAGAUGGAUCCAAAAGGUCUACCCGCUGUGGCAGAGCUGCGCGCCUUUGCAAUGUGGGUGUUGUCGAAGGCUGUUUAG